AUGUCUAUGUAGUUGGUGUUAAGAAACUUUCAGUUACUCAAGCACGCAACGAUACAAAUAUUUUUCAGUUUGAUCUCACAAUUCGUCUAAGAAGCACGGGUAAAAAGUAAACUUAGAGAAAGCAAUAAAGUUGUUCAGUGUGCGCGCGUAAUAACAUUUUCAAUUAAUUAGAAAGCACUUCCUCGUUCUCGUUUUCUAAAUGUUGUGGGAAUCUUCUUAUUCUCAUCCAUAGACAACAAAGCAACGAAAAUAACAAAAAUAGUCAAAUAAUUAAAAAUGCAUAUUAAGAGCAGUUUAGUGCUAAACUGGAUUUUAGUCAUCACAAUGUUUUACCAAGCACAGGCACAAACAGGACCGCAACAUAAUAAAGCUGUUGUGUGUUACAUCUCUACUUGGGCUGUUUAUCGUCCCGAUAGAGGCAGUUACUCAAUUGACAACUUUGACCCGAACUUGUGUACCAUUGCAAUUUAUGCAUUUGCUGGACUCGAUAUUGCAAAUGAUGCCAUUAAAUCAUUAGUUAAAUAUCCAAACUAUUGCAAGAAUGCAAUUUCACAGGAUAGAUUCACAUUGUCUAUAAUCCACAUCAACGACUUUCAUGCAAGAUUUGUCGAAACUAAUCGCCAAUCAAAUGAUUGCAAGCCUGAUGAAGAAUGUAUUGGCGGAUACGCGCGUGUCGUGACAAAAGUAAAGGAACUUUUAGCGAGUAGAGAAAAUCCAAUUUAUUUAAAUGCUGGUGACAAUUUCCAAGGCACUUUAUGGUACAACAUUGGACGUUGGAAUGUCACAAAUCAGUUCCUUAAUAUGCUACCAGCUGAUGUUCAAACUAUUGGUAACCAUGACUUUGAUCAUGACAUUGAUGGUAUUGUUCCAUUUUUAGAACGCACUGCAACUCCUGUUGUAAUUGCAAAUAUUGACGAUUCAGAGGAACCAACAUUUCAAAAUAAAACAAAGAAGUCAGUCGUCUUAAUAAAAUCAGGACGUAAAAUUGGUGUGAUUGGAGCAAUUCUUAGAACCACAAAUACAAUUGCUAAAACUGGUAAAUUAAAAUUCUUCAACGAAGCAGAGAAGGUCAAAGAAGAAGCUCAAAGAUUAAAAGAUGAGGAAGGUGUAGACAUUAUUGUGGUUGUAUCUCAUUGUGGCAUAGAACGCGACAUGGAGAUUGCCAAAUAUGGUGGUCCAAAUAUUGAUAUUAUUGUUGGUGGUCAUAGUCAUUCAUUCUUGUGGAGUGGAGUCGAUCUGCCACCUCUUGAUAAACCAGCAUAUUCAUAUCCAGUCAUAGUGAAUCAAACUGAUGGUCAUAGAGUCUUGAUUGUACAAGCUUCAGCAUACACAAAAUAUGUUGGUGAUAUUAGACUUCAUUUUGAUGACAAUGGAAUUAUUCAAGAAUUUGAUGGAAAUCCUCAUUUUUUGGGAACUGACGUCGAGCAAAAUGCUGAAGUCCUAGAAGCUUUAGAACCAUGGAAGGAAAAAGUCAAUAGGGAAGGACAAAGAGUCGUUGGAAGUAUACACUUUAGAGCAGCUGGUUCUGGUUGCUAUCUUGGCGCCUGCUUGAUGGGAUCUUUACAAGCUGAUGCAAUGGCUUAUGCAGCAUUUGAAGAGGAUAAAGAAGAAGGCGCAUGGACCUUUGCAACUAUUGCAAUCACAAAUCCAGGAGGUGUUCGUGGAAGUUUGGAACCUGGACUUUUAACUUAUUCAAACUUAGUCACAACAACUCCAUUUGAAAAUACAAUUGAUAAAUUGGAAAUUCAAGGAAAAUACUUAAGAGAAGCUUUUGAAUUCUCAGCAAGAUAUGAUAGUCCAAGUAUCUUGCAGACAUCUGGUGUUAGAGUUGUAUACAAUAUGACAAAAGCAGCAUAUUCUCGUGUUCAUUCCUUACAAGUUCUCUGUAGAAUAUGUGAAGUGCCACGAUAUGAAGAUAUUCAGGAUGACACAUGGUACCGAGUUAUGCUUAACAACUUCAUACUCCAAAAUGGCGAUAAUUUUGCAAUGCUUAGAGAUAAUAUGCGAAAUCAUCAAGUCGGACCUGUCGAUAUUGAUGCAUUAACAAAAUAUGUCGAAGCACAAUCACCAAUUACAAUGUUGCCUCCCCAUGGACGCGUAUCAUUCAUAUAACAUUCAUAUCUGAUAGAUAUUUUUACAACAUAUUGUCAGUAAUUAAUUACAACUAUGUAACGUGAUUGAUAUAAUUUUUACGAUUCAUUUGUUAAAUAAAAAUAAAAAUAAAAAAUCACUGAUGAACAAGAUAACAUGCAAUGAAGCACUUGAAAAUCAUUUUUAAAACGUAAAUGUUAUA